CCGUGCUCUUUUUUAGGUCUCCCAAUUACGACUAUUAGAAAAAAUAAUAUCAUAAAUAAUUUAACCAAAUAAAUAAAACUCCAUAAAAAAUUAAGGAUAAAACCAAUUUAAACCAAAGAAAUAUGUAAUUAUCCCAAAUUUGAUUAGAAACCAGAGAAAAAAAAAACUUGGGAUAAUUACAUAUUUCGUAACCGUAGCCAAACCAUAUUUUUAUUUCUCACUUUCCCCAAUUAACUUGGGAGUUAUAGGGUUUACGAGAUCAUCAUGGUUCUCAAACCAUGCGUAGUGGAGACGACGAUAAAAGUAGAUUCGAGCAAGUUUGCGAUUGAAGAAGAAGGCAAUCAUAAAAUUGAGGACCUUGAUGAUGAUGAUGAUGAUAUCAUAAAGGUGCCUGAAUGGGAUGUGGACAGCUUCGAUGGUUUAGAGUAUUAUUCCUCUCCUGAGGCUCAACUUUCCUCUGAUGAGCAACCUUUAUCGGACGAGGAGGAGGCUCUAGAUAACUAUCGCAUCGUUAAACGCCAGCUGAUCGAGAGCAAGGGAUUUUACGUGGAGCCAGGGAGAAGACUAAUUUAUCUCUUCAAAGGAAUCAAACCAAUGAGUUUGGACCGUAAUGCGAUUGGGGCAAUAACCUUUCGUGAGUACUGGGAAGAGAUGGUACACAUAUGUCUCCGAAAACACAACCAAGAUAAGGCUAGUUCUCUCUUCUUCCUCUUCUUUUUGUUUUAAUAAAUCUGUCUUUCACCCUCCAUACUUGUUGUUUGUUGUUUAUAUGAUGAGUAGCUAAGUCUGAAUGUUGUUUAUUGUGGUUGAAGGUGCGUAAGGUGGAGUUGGUUGAAGUUGUGAGAGGUAAUUAUCGCGGUGGAGCGAGAGCCAAGUCAAUAAGUCAUACAUUACAUUUAUGGCGAGGGAGAAGCCGAAUGGAACUCUUGUGGAGUAUCAAGCUAAAUGUAUGGAUACUCUUGACGGAAAGAGCCACCCUAUCCUCUGUAGACCGGCUCCUAAACCAAAGACUUAAAUGUAUCAAUUGGCUUGCCUUUUACCUAGUUUUGGGUUGAUUUGCCGAGACUCAAAACGUGAUAAAUUUUAUAUAUAUUUGUAUAUCAUAGUUGCUUUUGGAAUCUCUUGACAAUAUAGUCUCUCUCUCAUAUGUAUUUGGCCAUUUAGUCUCUUGCUUAGUUAAUAUGUACAUAUGACAUAUCACACAUUUCUUGGGCAGAAGGUAAUUACAGGAUUUAAGUGAAGUUUUAGUUUUCACUUUCCCAAUUGGCUCGGAACAGAGAGGGGUGAUUGAUUUUGGAUUUACUCGGAUCAUCGAACAAAGAGUGAUUGAUUUGCUUUAUGCAGGCGCAAAAGUGUUUAGAUAUUUAUGUCAUUGAGGCUUUUGGUUUGAAACUGUGCGUGAUCAUAUACAUGUUUCGGCCGAGCUUUUACAUGUAGGGUAUAUGCAACAAAUAAAGUGCAUAUGUAAAUCUCCCUGUGCAUGAUUCUCGGAAUAAAUAAUUGG